UUCGGGAGUCAAGAUAGGAAAAAAAACGCACACGUCUGUAAAUAAAUAAAUUUAAACAAAUCCAGUUUGAAAGAGAAUCUCAAAAACCGGUCCGGCAAAUAGGAUUGAUAGCAAGAAGCAAAGCAUCGUGUACUGCUGAACUCUCUGGAACUCUCGAUUUUGCAAGCAUCUGUUUUGGUCUGGAUGCUGUUGUUCCAUUACUGCGAGUGAUCGGGCGAGAGAUGAUCACUCAUCGAGAGUGUCGGAACGGCUCCACACGCAGCAUCCCGCAGCUCGACCCGUUAUAAGAGCUGAUCGGUACCGCGCCAUUCGUAUCAGUUUUGUAGAAGUCGUCGUGGAAGCAGCUAGAAGUUCGAUCGUGUGCCUGCGAGUUUGAGUUUUGUCCCUACCAAAGAUGUGGUCGGUGAGAUUGGGCGUCCUGGCGUUGGUGCUGGGACUGCUCGGUGUGUCCGUACGGGCCCAAAACGCUACGACAGGACCGAAGGUGCUUUGUUAUUACAACGGUAACAGCUCGCUGAAGGAAGGUCUGGGUAAAGUGACUGUAUCUGAUAUUGAGCUAGCGUUGCCCUUCUGCACGCAUCUUAUCUACGGCUACGCGGGAGUGAACCCUGAAACGUACCGAGUGCGCUCGCUAAAUGAAGAUCUCGAUCUAGACUCGGGCAAGAGCCACUAUCGGGCAGUGACGACCCUGAAGCGACGUUACCCAGGGUUAAAGGUGUUCUUGAGCGUCGGCAACUAUUAUGAUGUGGGUGAGGAAAAACCGUUCGAGAAGUAUCUAUUGUUGCUGGAAUCACCCGGUGCACGCACAGCGUUCGUGAACAGCGCUUACUCGCUCCUGAAGACGUACGAGUUCGAUGGGCUUGAUCUGGCCUGGCAGUUCCCACAGACGAAACCGAAGCGCAUCCGGGGGUGGUCCGGCAAGCUGUGGCACGGAUUCAAGAAGCUCUUCACGGGCGAUAGCAUUCUCGACCCGAAGGCGGAGGAACACCGGGAGGAGUUUACGGCGCUGGUUCGUGAUCUGAGGAACGCAUUCGUGCACGAUAAGUUCCAGCUCGGCUACACACAGCUGCCACACGUGAAUCAAACCAUUUUCCUGGACAUUCCGCUGCUGAAGGAAAGCAUUGACUACGUAAACAUCGCCGCAUACGAUCAGCAAACGCCGGAGCGUAACCCGAAGGAGGGAGACUACACGGCACCGAUCUACGAACCGAGCGAGCGCGUCAAGGGAAACAAUGUGGACGAUAAGGUGAAGGCCUGGCACUCGCAGGGCACGCCGCUGGACAAGAUUGUCGUCGGUGUUGCGACGUACGGUCGCGGAUGGAAGCUAGUCGCUGACUCGGGCAUUACCGGUGUGCCCCCGAUACCGGCCGAUGGCCCAUCACCGCCCGGACCGUACACCAACAUUCCCGGUUUCUACAGCUUCGGUGAGGUGUGUGCGCAACUGCCACACCCGGGCAACGUUAAUCUGAAGGGUUCCGCCUAUCCGUUGCGAAAAAUUAACGAUCCCACGAAACGGUUCGGCCCGUACGCGUUCCGCAUUGCGGACGAGAACGAGGCGGACGGUAUAUGGGUGUCGUACGAGGAUCCGGAAAGUGCGGGCAACAAGGCGGCGUACGUGAAGGCGAAGGGAUUGGGUGGCAUUUCGAUCAACGAUCUGACAUUGGAUGAUUUCCGUGGCACGUGCUCUGGUGAUAAGUUCCCGAUUCUGCGUGCGGCCAAGUACCGGCUGUAAGUCGUGAGGGACCAGUGAGUGCCUUUUCCAAUUAGUGCGCUGUGUAGCUUUAGCGAAGGAUUAUAUCAGAUUGCCAACCCAUGACAAAAUGAAGACAACUCGUUUAUAUGUUCGAAACAGCGAGAAUUCAUCGCAAAUAAAAGAGUAACAUAAGUUUUUUAUUCCUCUUUAGUUGAUCUUUGCGAAAAUAUAAAGAAAGCUCAUGUUUUGUUAAUGUAAAUCUGAUAUUAUCCUUUUUUGUCUCUAGGGAUAGAUUUAACAGAACAAACAGCAUACAAAACACGAGAUCAUUAUUUAUCAAAGGUCAGUAAGAACGGUGAAAACCAAGCUGGAAGUAAUUGCACCAUUGUGCUUUUGGGACCAGUAAUACCCUUUGCGGGCAGCAUUCUCUCAAAACAAACCCCAGAAUAAUGUUUGGUUGAUGUGGGUUAGAGAGGCUAA